UUCAGCUGCACUAUCAGUCUUCGUUAUUUAGCUGUACUUAUGGUAGUUACACUGUAUGUAUAUGGCGCUGACCUCGACGUCGUGCGAGUUGUCCCCGACGUCGUUGGAGCUGCUGUCGAUGUCGUGCGAGGUGCCCCCGACGUCGUGCGAGCUGUCCCCAACGUCGUGCGAGCUUCCCCCGACGCCGCGCAAGACCCCCGAGGCCGAGCGCAGGACCUUCGAGGCCGGGCGCAGGACCUUCGAGGGCGCGCGCGCGAGACCUUCGAGGCCGGGCGCGGGACUCCCCUCCACGACGCGCAAGACCCGCGGGCAGGAGAUCCCCCGUCGUCGUCUCCCUCCCGCCUCAUAUCAGCUCCGUGAGAACCCCCCUCAUCGCUUCCCUCCCAGCUGCCCUCCUCCCUCAUCUCCACCCUCCCGCGCUCCCUCAUCUCCUCCCUCCCGCCUCAUAGUUUCCUUGCCUCCUCCCUCCCUCCGUACUUGCUGAUCUCGCCGAUCUCCCUCAUCGCCCCCCUCCCUCUCUCAACGCCCCCCUCCCUCCCGCCUCAUAUCAACUUUGCAAGAGCCCCGCUCCUCGACGUGCACGGCCCUGCUCGUCGACGUGCACGUACACGCACCUCCUCGACUUGCACUCCUCCAUCCCCCCCUCCUUGACGCGCACCCACCUCCUCUUCAACACGCGCACACUCCUCCUCCUCCUCAACACGUGCGCCCGCUUCGCCUGCCGCCGCCCUCCUCCUUGCCCCACCUCCUCCUCGAAAGCACCCACCCUCCUCCUCGUCGCGCCCCACCCUCUUGGACAUCCCUCAGAGGGGGUGGGGGUGAGGUGGUGGGUUAUGUGGAGGGGAGGGGUGGAGAAGUGGGAAGCGAAGGGGGGGAGGAAGGAGGAGGGAGGGGAAGGGAAGGGAGGAGGAGGGGGGGAU